UUAACCAUCAUUGGCUUAAUCAUCAAUCAACAUGAACAACAGAAACAGCAGCAGCAAAUCCUGACUUCGGCUCCAGCAAAUCUCAAUUAAUGCAGCCGUACUUGGCGCGCUACAGGCAAUUUGUAUCUAUACAUAUCCUCCAGUUUGGAGAAGAAUCAAAAGGCAAAUUAUACCAUACAUCUCUAUAAUUGACAAAUAGUGGUAGUGUUGAGAAAAAUGGGAAGCUUUCUAGUAGCCGAAAAUGUCUCAUCACGUUCCAUCAACAUUCCAGUGUUGCCACUGGCCUCAUCAUCAACUGGGAAAACAAGCAACAUUCCUGUUCUAGGUUUCGGAACUGCUACAUACCCUUUUGUUGGCUCAGAAAUCGUAAAAGAAGCCAUUCUAGAUGCGAUCAGACUUGGCUACAGACAUUUUGACACAGCCGCUCUUUACCAGACGGAGCGGAAUCUCGGUGAAGCCAUUUCGGAAGCUCUUUCUCUUGGCCUCAUCGAAUCCCGGCAAGACCUCUUCAUCACUUCUAAGCUGUGGUGCAGUGAUGCUCACCCCCACCGUGUCUUACCUGCCAUUCGCACUACGCUCAAGAACCUAGGACUGGAGUACCUUGAUCUAUAUCUCAUUCACUGGCCGGCGAGUGUGAAGCCCGGAAACUAUGACUUUCCGUUUGACAAAGAAUACCUUCUUCCAAUGGACUUCAAGGGUGUGUGGGAAGUCAUGGAGGAAUGCCAGAAGCUAGGCCUUACUAAAUCUAUAGGAAUUAGCAACUUCUCAUGCAAAAAGAUCCAGAACUUGCUAGCCACUGCUAAAAUCCCUCCUGCAGUUAACCAAGUGGAGAUGAACCCGCUUUGGCAGCAGAGAAAGCUAAGAGAGUUUUGCCACAAAAAUGGUAUACUAAUCACGGCCUACUCUCCUUUGGGAGCAAAAGGAACGCCUUGGGGAUCAAAUGGAGUCAUGGAAUGUGAGACGCUCAAGCAGAUUGCAGAUGCGAAAGGGAAAACCCUUGCCCAGGUUUGUCUGAGGUGGGCAUACGAGCAAGAGGUGAGUUUCGUGGUGAAAAGCUUCAGUAAGGAGAGGAUUAGUGAAAAUGCUGAUAUAUUUGAGUGGGAGCUUUUUCCAGAGGAGGUGGAGAAGAUCAAUCAAAUUCCACAGAAAAGAGGAUUUCCUGGAUUCGAGUUCGUUGCGGAUCAUGGCCCUUACAACACUCUUGAGGAGCUGUGGGAUGGAGAGAUUUAACAAUCACAAUACACACUACAUGAAUGGAUGAGUAUAAUUAUAUACGAUACGACUCUUAAUGCAAUUUCAUAGGCAAGCAAUAAUCCCAUGGCUCUAGCUGGGAAUUUAGUUUAGUUAUCAGCAUCCUUGAGAUCUCGUUCUGAAAUAAACUAGAAAAUGUGUCCGCGCGAUGCUGCGCGUUUGUUUUUUUUUUUUUUCAAGUUUCAUAUAUAAUAGAUGAAUACUCGUAAUUU